AUUCAUAACAAACAAAAUCAUCUCAAUGAAAUAAUAUUUAACAAAACAAGUGUAAGUAUUAAAUAGACUGUCAAAUGUUGAUUCUAGUCAAUUUCCUCGCAGUAUUAAACAUUUGUAGUGGAUGGUUAGUAAAUGUUGAUCCACACACGGAUGAGUGUUAUUAUGAAAAGAUAGAUGCUGGGAAGAAAGCCAAUUUGGUAUUUCAAGUUACUGAAGGUGGAUUUUUGGACGUAGACAUCACCAUAUUUGGUCCUGACAAACGUUUAAUCUAUUCGGGUACAAGGGAAACCAACGGAAAGUUCACAUUUGCUGCUUAUAAGACAGGGCAUUACCAGUUCUGCUUUAGUAACCAGAUGUCUACAUUGACGCCGAAGAGUGUACAGUUCGAUGUCUCCUUGGGGGACAGUGUAGACUGGCAAGCCGAGGACAAUAGCAACACUAGCAUCGCCUUACACUCUGCUGAACUAGCGAAGGGACUCUGGGGCGUCUACAGAGAGCAGGAGUACAUCAUCACUCGUAUGAAAAUGCACCAUCUGAUCAACGAACACACUAACACCGUCGUGAUGAGGUGGUGUCUCUUUGAAGUGAUGCUGAUCGUGACCGUUAUAGGUUUUGAGGUUUGGUACAUCACCAGAUUCUUUGAGGUUAAAAGAGUCGUGUAACACAGCUGAUCAAUAAAGUGUUGAAACUUG